AUGACCCCUGUUGUGACGCCACCUCUGGCACUGCACAUCCAGCCCGCGUGCCUCGAACACAAGUACAUCCGCCACAAGGACUCUAGCCACAUCUUUGAGCGUCCUGAACGCCUCCGCGCCGUUCUCUUGGGCUUCGCCGCUGCCCUCGCCCGCCUCGAAGCUGCCGAUGGACGGCGCAACGACGCAGACGGCUUAAGCGCCCUCUUAGGCUCGCUCUCCAUCUCCUCUUUCCUCACGCCGACACACCUAUCCGUCGUUCCCCCACCUGUACCUCCCUCCCGGCCGGGACAGGUACUUCUGCACCAUCCGGCACUGCAGCUCGCGCACAGUCCACCCAUCGACGCGCCGUUCCCGUACCUCCCCCGCGGUGGGGGUGCGAUGCCUCAGAGCACGUAUCUCAAGGACCUGUUCAAGUGGGCUAGCGAGGCGGUGGAAACUAUCCGCACUACUGGGUGCGAGAUUCCGCAGGACAAAGGCCUUAACGUCGGUGAUCUUUAUCUCGGGCCGGGAAGCGUCGUUGCCAUUGAGGGAGCCGUGCAGAGCGUGUGUCAUGCUGUGGAUGGCAUUUGUGCAGAUGACGGGCCGAGUAAGGCGUUCUGCGCCAUCCGGCCACCGGGCCACCACUGUGGUGAGGAUGAGCCCAGCGGAUUCUGCUACGUCAACAACGUCGUCGUUGGAGCUAUGCAUGCGUAUCUCCAGCAUGACAUUGACCGGGCUGUCAUUAUCGACUUUGACCUCCAUCACGGGAACGGUACACAGGCCCUCGUUAUGCCGCUCAACGCGGCUUCGUAUGCCGAGGAUCUGGCGGUGGCGGCAGGCAAGCCGCCCUCGGACAUGAGGGGACGGUCAGGCCGGAGACGGACAUGGAAGGGAUUUUACGGAUCGGUGCACGACAUCUACUCGUAUCCUUGCGAGGACGGCGACCUCGACUUGAUAGGUGAUGCGAGUAUCAGCCUCGCCGCGCACGGGCAGUACAUUGAGAACAUUCACCUGCAGCCGUACGAGGACGAGGCGGACUUCUACAAGCGCAUCUACCCCCUUUACUUAGCCUUGCUGGAAAAGGCGCGCGUGUUCAUGCGCGACACGCAAGCUGACCCAGAGAAGACGGUGCUCUUCAUUUCUGCCGGGUUCGACGCUUGCGAACACGAGCACCAGGGAAUGCAGCGGCACGACCGCCGCGUCCCGGCCUCCUUCUACGCGCGAUACACCCGCGACAUUGCAACUUUUGCCGACAAAUACAUGGGCGGAAAAGUCAUUUCUGUCCUCGAGGGCGGGUAUGGUGACCGCGCACUAACUAGCGCAGCGCUAGGCCACGCAGUGGGGUUGAUGGGGCGCGAAGGAUCACCUGACUGGUGGGGUGUUGACGAGCUGGUGCUCCUCGAGCGCGCAGUCAAGAAACGGCGUAAGGGCAAGCUGUGUUCCCUCCCGCCGGAUCUGGCACAAAAACCACACAUUGCGCGAACGCAUGCCAUCCUCUCCCAUUGGGAGGAACAUGGUACGCCGACGCCCUCGGCCGCCCCCAGCGCGAAUGCCACCCCAAGUGGGCGGAUGACGUUGCGUGAACGAAGAACAAGGGACAAGGAGGAGGAGAGUCCGCGGCCUGCGCCGCGACGGAAACCGAAAAGCGCACCAAAGGAGCGAGAGACAUCACCUACGCCCUCUGUGCCAUUCGCCGAGUCCAAGGAAGCGUACCCCUCCCCAGUCUCUCUGCCAUCGCCAGACAAGCCAGAUAUUAAGACGGAGCACGCCCCCAUGCCCGCCGGCGCUGCACCACUCUCCGCAGGAACGCAGAACGCGCUUCAUCCCGUGGCCGACGUCGAGCCGAUCGUCCUCCGCAUACCGGCUCGCACGCCUGAGCCGGACCAUGCGCCAGUCCUGCGUAUCCCAGCUCGCGUGUCGCCUCCUCCCUCGUCUCAGCCCGCAGUCCAACCUCAGGCCCCAUCUGAACUGUCCCGUCCACCUGCAGUCCAGCCUAGACCCGCAUCAUCCGAUGUACUGCCUCAACUUGCCGUAGUCCAGCCCCGUCCACCACCACAGCCAGUGCGCGCCCCACCUGUGGUAAAUCCCGGCCCGCCCUCGCGCCCACCGACCCUCACGCGCAUGUCCAACUUGCCUCCCAAAUCCGCCGGCUAUUCGCAACCCCAUCCUGCCGUGUACGCUCACGCACAAUUUGGCCACCCCGCUCAGCCCAUGCCGCAGAUGCCCCACCCGUCGCAAUUCCAACCCCACAUACCCCAUCCUUUGCCAUUCCUGCAGCUGCCCCACCCAUCCCAGCUUCAAGCCCUCUAUCCAACGCCCAUACCCAACGGCUUGGCACAGCCCGGUGUCCGGCCCGCAUACUCUGGCACACCCGAGGCCGGGAGUGGUGUGUAA